GGUCUGUUCUUUAUAGCUGCACUGCUGACUAGCGCAAUAAGUUAAAGUGAGACAAGUAUAGUUUUUCUCACUCUAACUUAUUGCACCAGUUCAGCAGUUAGUUGAAAAGAACAGACCAAUUAUUGAACCAAAACAAUUUUAUGGAGUUUACUAAGGAUUAAUAAUAAUUCUCUUGAAUAAAACGGAAUUUUAUUAAUUUUAGUAUAAAAUUAGUUGUAGGCACGUGUUUAUCAAUUCUACGUGUGGUUUUCGAGAAGGAAACGUGAAGCAAUAAAAUGAGUCUGAAGAUUCGUUUGAUUAAUAUUUGUAUCAGACACAAGUGCACGGAUAUACAGAACGACAUUAUUAAGUGCAAGAAGACUCGGUGGAAGAAGGUGCGUGUGAAAAAUGUUAAAAGUUUGGAUAUCAAUCAGAAAAACCUAACCUCUAAAAACGACAAUAAUGUAACCGAUUCUAUUUGUAAUACGCCAACAAUACCCAACAAUUUUGAAAAUGGCUUCUAUAAAUUGUCAAAGUCUGAAAGAGUAUUAAGUAAUUUUGAUGUUAACGUUCGAACAUUCAAAGAGUCAAAAGUAAACAAAAAUGUAAAUUCAAAUCUAGAAUCCAUGGAAAAGGAAAGAAUUGAGACACAAACGCAGCAAUUGAAAGAAUCAGAAACUAGCAAAAAUGUUGAAUUCGAUACUAAUCUAAUAAAAAAUAAUGUUAGAGUCAACGAAAUAAAUAUGCAGAUGUUACCUAAAUUGAUGCAUGAACAAUUAUUUGGGAAGGAUAACAAGCAAAAACAAUUGUCCGAGGAAGAAAUCAACAAUAUAAAAAAACACUUAAGUAUAUAUGGCAUAAAUGUAAAGGAUGCAACUAGAUUACCGGAUGUAAACUUAAAAUUACCAACUCUGGAAGGAAAAGAUGUGGAGGAACAUUUUUAUAAUAUCGGGAAAGCACAAAUUAAGCCUUACCUGAAAAUCAUAAACAAGAUAAUAAAGGAUAUUCCCAAGAUGCCAGAGAAAUGGCUUUUCAAAGAAGGAUGGACCAGAUAUACAGCGGAUGGUGCGGAAAGUGUAAAUUAUCCACUAGAGGAUGGUGUGAUUUUUGAUGUUGAAGUGUGUAUGAAACAUGGUCCUUUGCCUACUCUUGCUACUGCUGUCAGUGAUAAGGCUUGGUAUGGUUGGGUGUCAAAUUCCUUGGUAGAGGGUCGAGUUCCUUGGCCUUACAUGACAGAUACUGAUCAGACCUUCGAUACACAGUUGUAUAAAGAGGAUAUGUUUAUUCCUAUGGAAAGUAGCAAAGAGGAGUAUGGACAGAAGCUGAAUCAGCACCAAAAGAAACCAAAGAUUAUUGUAGGUCACAAUGUAUCAUAUGACAGAAGUAGAAUCAAGGAGCAGUAUUGGAUGAAUUGUACAGGAACUCGUUUCCUCGACACCAUGUCGUUACAUGUAUGCAUUAGUGGCUUAAACAGCUAUCAAAGAUCGCUGUUAAUGUCUAAUAAAGAGAAUUCUGAAAAAAAUGAUUGGCAAUCUAUGACCUCUCUAAACAGCUUGGCAGAAGUACAUAAGUUGUACUGUGGCUACGAGAUAAGUAAGCAAUUAAGAGAGAUAUUUGUUGAAGGUACUCUUCAAGACGUUAAGGAUAAUUUUAAUAUGUUAAUGACCUACUGCGCCGCCGACGCAGUCGCCACUCACAAUGUGCUGGCCAAAGUAUUCCCACUCUUUCAGGAGAGAUUCCCACACCCGGUUACUCUUGCUGGAAUGUUAGAGCUCGGCUCCGCGUAUUUACCGGUGAACUUCAAUUGGCAGAGAUAUCUGAAGGAAGCGGAAGGUACCUUCGACGAUUUAAACUAUGAAGUGAAAUUCACUCUCGCUCAAAAAGCCAGAGACGCUUGCCAGCUCAUGCACGGUGAGAAAUACAAGGAGGAUCUAUGGAUGUGGGACCAAGAUUGGAGCACGCAGACGCUCAAACUGAAGAAGAAACCAUCCAAGCUAAAGCCCGACGAUGCAGAGAGAAGUGUGAAAAAGCACGCGAUAGCAAAAUCGAACGAAAAGAAGUAUCUGUCGGACGACGAGGAAGAAGAAGAGGAUCCUUUGGCGAAAGAGUUCGCUUAUUUAGAAGAGACCAAGCAUUUGUUGCCUAUUAGAAUGCCCCAUAUGCCGGGAUAUCCAGCCUGGUAUGGGAAACUCUGUGCCAAACGAGGCGACAAGGAUUGGACACCAGGCCCGCAAAAAAUCAGUACUUCCAUGAGAAUAGUUCCUAAGCUGCUGAAACUGACGUGGGAAAAAUACCCGCUGCACUACAUAAAGGACCACGGCUGGGGAAUCUUGGUUCCUUACAACAACGAUCCCGAUGUCAAGACUAAGAUACCGUUGAAGAAUCUUUUGGCGCAUUGUCCUUUGCCAACGUCCAAUCAGGAAUUCAGGGAUACUUCUGGCGAUGCGAUGAAUACUCUGAGCGCCGACGUGCAGAACGACCUUCAUAAAAUUGAAUUCUGGCGGCUCAAGAAGAAAUCGAAGACGGAGCCGUAUAAGAAAGUAUACAACGGCACCGCUGCGUGGUGCAACGUCGACAUUGAUAAUUGCUGUUACUUUUUCAAAUUGCCGCACAAAGACGGCAAGGACAAGAACGUUGGUAAUCCCUUAUCUAAAGACUUCCUCAACAAGUUCUCUGAAAAUGUGCUGGCCGGCUUAGACUCGAGCGCAACCGAGCUGUUGAAGAACGCUCGCGUGCUGUCAUAUUGGCGGAACAAUCGUGACCGAAUCUUGUCACAGUUGGUGGUCUGGUUGGACGAUCGUUCGCUGCCUAGCGGAGUCCAAAAGCUCAAGAGACGUAUGGCGUAUUACGGCGCGAUAAUACCGCAGGUGGUGGUCUCAGGCACAUUGACGCGACGUGCUGUCGAGCGUACGUGGAUGACUGCGUCGAACGCUUCUCCGGAACGCAUCGGUUCCGAGCUACGCUCCAUGGUGCAAGCGCCGCGGGGCUACAAUAUCGUCGGCGCGGAUGUGGACAGUCAGGAACUGUGGAUCGCGUCGAUGAUCGGCGACGCCCAUCACACGGGAAAUCUUCACGGAGCCACGCCGUUCGGUUGGAUGACUCUGAUCGGCACCAAGGCCAACGGCACCGACAUGCACAGCGUCACUGCUAAGGCCGUCGGCAUCUCCCGUGAUCACGCCAAAGUCAUCAAUUAUGCCAGAAUUUACGGCGCCGGUCAGAAGUUCGCCGAGCAACUACUGAAGCAGUUCAAUCCGUCUAUGACGGACGCCCAGGCAGCCACCAAGUCGCGUAAGAUGUUCGCUCUCACUAAGGGCAAGAAGAUGUUCAGACUGAAGGCCGAAUUCAUCGAUAAUAACUUAGAGGAUAAAUCUUAUACCUCUUCUCAGGCGUAUCAAGUAGCGAGGAUGUACGGUAAAAUGUUGCAAGAGAUGUUCCAGAAGAGUGAGUGGGUGGACGGCUCGGAAUCGGCCAUGUUCAAUCGACUAGAGGAAAUUGCCAGUAGCGAAUACCCGGUCACGCCGUUUCUCAACUCCAGAUUGAGUCGUGCCCUAGAGACCACUAAUACCGGCGACGAUGACAACUUCUUGCCCACGAAGAUCAACUGGGUAGUGCAGAGUGGUGCGGUCGACUUCCUUCAUCUCAUGUUAGUCUCGAUGAGAUGGCUGAUGCGGGACAACGCGAGGUUCUGCUUGUCGUUUCACGACGAGGUGCGGUAUCUGGUGCCGUCCAGGUACAAAUACAACGCUGCACUUGCCAUGCACGUGACGAACCUGUUGACGAGGUCGUUUUGCGCCUCGAGAGUCGGCAUGAGGGAUCUGCCGAUGUCAGUGGCGUUCUUCACCUCCGUGGAAGUGGACACCGUUCUACGCAAAGAGUCCGCUCACGACUGUAAGACCCCGUCAAAUCCUUACGGGCUGCAGAACGGAUAUGAUAUACCGCCCGGCGAGAGUCUAGACGUGUGGGCCGCUCUGGAGAAGUCCGGUGGCUCGUUGGGAUGGUGGCACGAUGCAAAAGAUCGCAAAGUUAAGACAGCGGACUCGACCGCCGAGGAAUGCACUUAAAAGCCAUAUUGCUUCACGUUCACGAAAACCACAACGUUAAUUUUGUUAAUCAAUAUAUUUAAACGUGGAAUCAAUUUUGUUUUACGAUGUUCAACGAAAGAAUCAAGGGAAGGAAGGAUAACACAUAAAAGUCGCGAUUUGUUUG